CGAUGUCAACAUCAACCAAUCUCCCCACCAUCACUACCACCAGUGACAGUAAUUAAUUAAUUUUUUUAAUUUACAAUCGACUUUCAAAACAAAUUCAAAAAAAUCAGAGAAGCGGAAAGCUUCAAUCUGGUGUCAUAAUUUAAUAAUUGUCACUAUCAAUCAAAUUAUUCUCUAGGAAGAUGUCUUUAAUCUUUAGGUUAGCUGGCCCAGGCUCAAGACUGGGUCCUCAAAUUUUGAGACAGAACUGCACCAGAAUGCUGAAUGCUGUGAGACCAGUUACCAUGAAGUGCGAACCUGCAGUGCCAGACAAAAACGAAUCCCAUGAUGAACGUAACAUGAGAAUUGGCCGCCCACAGUCACCCCAUUUGAGUAUCUACAAACCCCAGUUGACUGCUUUGCUGUCUAUUACUCAUAGAGCUACAGGUAUGGCUCUGUCUGCUUACGUCAUCGCGUUGGGUUAUUCAGCUGUUUCUCUGCAAUUGCCCCUUGACCAUUACAUUGAACAACUAAAACUAAUGCAAAUUGGUGCUGGUCCAGUAUUUGCUUUGAAAUUUUUAGUGGCUUUCCCACUCAGCUAUCACUUUUUCAAUGGUAUACGUCAUUUAUUAUGGGACACUGCCAGGUUUUUGAGUAUUAAAGAAGUGUAUGCUACUGGUUAUGCAAUGUUGGCAGUAUCUACUGUAGGAGCUAUUGUUCUUUCUGGAAUGAGUUAAUUUUUUGUAUAAGGGCCUUGUAUUAUAAUUUAUUCUUAUCAAGUAGGUAUACUAUGUCAAUACCUAUGUAUAUACCAUAUACCGAGCCAUAUACCUAUGGUCAGCUUAUACUUCAAAGUUAAGACAUUAAACCUUCAUUAUUUAAUGCUGUCGUUCACACCUCAAGUUAAACUAAAUUUGAAGUUUGGCCCACAUUCAACAAAUAAUAACACAGAUUGUUCUAGUUUCUACUAAUCCUACUCAUUCGUUCAGGUUUAGUGGUUCAGGGCAUGGGUCAAUGAGGUAUUUUAUAAAAAUUGUACUACAUAUCUACUUUUUUUCUAACCCAACUGUAUAUUUGUAUUGUUAUAAUUAAUUAUUUCAAUAUUAUUUUCUGUGUAUUUAGCACAAAAUGAAUAAUGAUCACUGUACUCCUUGAAAAAGUUCUAUAUUUUCUGCUUUUUAGCUGAAAAUUAAUUUAAUUUAGGUCCAGUUUCUCAAUUAACUUCAUUCACCUUCUGAUAAACUGUCAAAUGACAAAUAAAAGCCCUAUUCUAUAAUCCUUUUGGUUGGCCCGAUAACUAGUUUGGUAUACCUAAUAUUUGUCUUUUAAACAGUUACCAGCCAUUUUAUCAUAACAGGAAUAAACCUGGCCUUAAAUUAGGACAGUAUUAAUAAAUUGUACCAAAAAUUCUUAGUGUAGUUUUUUUGUUUAAUUCUCAAUUUUGGAAAUAUAAACUGGCUAUUAAUUUAUGUUUGACAUUUUUAAUUUUUUUUUGAAAUAUACUGUUCAUACUUUAUAA